AUGACGGCCACAGAAGCAACAGCUGGUGAACACGCAGAGGCUAGUUCCCAAAGACCAUCCUCAGGUCGCUGGUGGAAAAGAGUAUUGAAUCCAUCGUCUGCCGAUGAUGUGGAGCUCAAUCAAGACAACAUUAACUAUCGCUCCAAGUCCACCUUGGGAAUUCUCAGCGACAAGGAAACAGAUGAAGUACCUGGAACCGUGCUUCUACUAUCGUCAAACCGCAAUGAGCCAUUGGGGCUGAGGCAUCAGCCGCAGCGCACAUCCCGCUCGUCCCUCCCAUCUCCAUAUCCCCCGUCGCGUUCAUCUUCGCGUACCUCAGCAAAAGGUCGGCCGUCUAAGAAGAAGACCGCGGAUGGGCAGAUCGUCUUGGACCCACAGCCUGACGAUUCAAUGAACGACCCGUUAAACUGGCCGGUCUGGCGUCGAGAUGCCGCACUGUUAUCGCUGGGCUUCUAUUGUCUGAUGGGAGGUGGAAUGACAACGAUCCUGGCUGCUGGUUUCUCGCAGGUCGCGGAUACCUAUGGCGUGUCCACUCAACAGGUGGCCUACACCACAGGCCUGUAUAUGCUGGGCCUCGGAGUGGGAUCCGUCAUCAUGUCCCCGACCGCGAUUCUGUAUGGAAAACGGCCGGUCUACCUUCUCGGCGCCACACUUUUCGUUAUCUCAGGCGUCUGGUGUGCCCUCUCUCCCAAUUACCCCAGUCUUGUCGUUGCCCGCGUUUUCCAAGGAAUCGCGGUGAGUCCGGUGGAGUGUCUACCCUCCGCGACCAUUGCCGAGAUUUACUUUUUACACGAACGGGCCUACCGAGUUGGCAUUUAUACCCUUCUCCUCUUGGGAGGGAAGAAUUUGAUCCCUUUGGUGAGUGCGGCCAUUAUCGGCAACUUGGGCUGGCGUUGGGUGUUCUGGGUUGUUGCUAUUGUGGUGGGGGCUUGCCUGGUCUUGUUGUUUUUCUUUGUCCCGGAAACAUUCUGGGAUCGUACCCCACGCCCCCGCGCGCGCAAACGUCCGCAUUUGUAUCGGAGCGUGUCAGAUCUGGUCUCUCAGGGCAUUCGCGGGCGCCAGACACAUGUACAGCGACUUGAAGAUGAUAUUCCGGAGACUAACACGAACUCCGCGCUGCCCAAGAAGUCCAAGAAGGGCCAUGUUGGAUUCGUAGAGGACCAUGAUGCGGAAGCUCAUUCUCCUGACGAAAAGGACGCAGCAGCAGACCAUGAGCGGGAUUCGAUCGCGCUGGAUGCUCCAGGCGAGGAUCAUGUACACUUCGCCCACAACGCCGAUCCGGAGAAGGCCGAUGGGUUUCUCCAGCCCCCUGCCCCGGUCGCUCCUGGCCCCGAGCGUCCAUCCGAUCUGGGAGUUGGUCGCCAGGCUGCCAUAUCUCCGGCUCGCAGCGAUUCGCUUGAUCCCAGCGCCCCGACGAAUGGAUCGAUGCAUUAUACGAAUUGGCUUCGGGAGCGACCCCAGAUGCCGUAUCUACACUAUCUCCGGGUUUGGAACGGUCGAAUCAACCAUGACAACUGGAUACGAGUGGCCGUGCGCCCGUUCAUUCUAUUUGCCUACCCAGCCGUGCUGUGGUCGGCAGUUGUUUACGCGCUUUCGGUCGGGUGGUUGAUUGUCCUAUCCGAGUCUGUCGCCAAAGUCUACGAAACACGAGACACUUACAACUUCACCGCCCUGCAAGUCGGACUCGUGUACAUCUCGCCGUUUGUGGGAGGCUUACUAGGGACCGCCGUGGCCGGAAAGGUCUCCGAUGUGAUUGUCCGAUACAUGACCCGGCGUAAUGGCGGCGUCUACGAACCCGAGUUUCGGCUGGUGAUGGCGAUCCCCAUCGCAUUAUCGACCACGGCGGGACUGAUGGGAUUCGGAUGGAGCGCCGAGGAGAAGAAUGCAUGGAUCGUGCCCACAAUCUUUUUCGGCUUGGUUUCUUAUCGCCAAUAUGCUGGUGAAGCCUUGGUGACUCUGAACUGGAGCAAAAAUGUAUUCCACGGACUGGUCUUCUCGUUAUUCAUUGUCGACUGGCUGAACGGGCAAGGCUCUCAGACCGUGUAUUUGGCCCUGGGUGGGAUUCAAUUGGGAUGCCUUCUCUUUACGAUCCCCAUGUAUAUUUAUGGCAAGCGACUUCGGAUGUGGACCGUCCGGAAACGCCUGAUGGAGAAAUGGUAG